CCCCAUUCGGACAACGCUUCCAAAAACUCCUAACCGAUCAGGCGGCUGUCGCCUGUCGCUAGCUGCUAGCUCCUUCUUUCUUCUUCCGCUCAAAAAAAAAAAGCUCCUUCUUUCUUCUUUCUCCUUCAAUCGAUCGGUCGGUCGAUCUUGUAGCUCUGCUAUUGAAUCAAUGGCUCACGGCAAGAGGUCGAGGCAGCAAGCUGAGGCGGCGGCGGCGGGGGUCAGCCUGCUGGACCUGGACAGCGGCGACAUGGCGCGCAUCCUGAUGCUCUUCUCCGGCCACAACCACCAGCACCACAUCGAACAACACGGCUUCGCGGCGCCGUCGUCGUCGCCGGAGCGGGUGUUCGAGUGCAAGACCUGCAGCCGCCAGUUCCCGUCCUUCCAGGCGCUGGGCGGCCACCGGGCCAGCCAUAAGAAGCCGCGCCUCGCCGACGGGGCCCAAUCCGACCCGCCCAAGCCCAAGGUGCACGGCUGCUCCGUCUGCGGCCUCGAGUUCGCCGUCGGACAGGCCCUCGGCGGCCACAUGCGCCGCCACCGGGCCGCCGUGGCCGCGGAUGGUAUGGGCCUCGGGCUUGGGCUUGGGCUUGGGCUUGGCCUCGGGCCGAAAGUCGACAGCGGCAAGAAGACUACGCACGCGGCCGAGCUGGUGCUCGACCUGAACGUGCCGGCGUUGGAAGAGGAACCGGCGGCGGUGGGCGUGGAUCGCGCCAGAACGGGGCUCGCCGCGGAAUUAUUCCCCGUGGUGGUUGACUUCCGACGCUGAGUUCAGCACACGAUUUUUUUUUUCACCUCUGGUGGAUCGAUAUCUAUACAAGUUUUGUAAUUCAACGGUGUUUUAAAAUUGGGCCACUGGGGAAGUCAAACCCUUUGAACAUUAGAAAUACUGGAGCACAUGCUUUUCUAAUGUCCCAGGGGCUUUAGUGCAUGGUUUGACUUUAUUUGUGCCAAACCAUUUCAAGGGAGCGGGCAACCACACACAAAUGCUUUUCUGUUGGUGGGAGUUCAGAUUUUGUGAUGCUCCUUGAUUAGCCUCGCGGCUUAUCCACCAUGAAUACGAAUGAGGCUGAAUGAGGCGAGUAUUAUGAUAUCAGAUGGAGUUUUAUUCCC